AUGGGGCAGAGUAGAGGCACUAAGAGGCGGCGUACAGCACUUUAUGUACCCAAGGUUGAUAAAGAAGAAGAACGGAAAGAGUUCAAUAUCAUACAGAAAUACAGGGAUCUUGAGAAUGAGGUUCAGUUAGAUCGGAUAAACAUCACUAGAAAUGGAGAUGUGCGUAUUAUGUCGAAACGUUUGGAAGAAAUAGAACGUCUAUUCGGGGAUUUACAGUCAUUGAACAUAAACAAGAACGCGGUAUUGGCGCAAGAUUCGAAAGCUAUGAAGACACUCUCGGAUUUGUUGAGUCUUUCUAUGAAUAGUGUCAAGUUUGACGAAUCAUCACGAUUAUUAAAGCUUAACGAUAUAUUGAAUGGAACUAAGAAGUUCAUGCUGAAGGAUUAUUUCCAGGCGUCUGGUGUAUCGGAACCGGAAGUUCAAAUGCUUGAUCAGGAUGACAGUGAUGAUGAGACUAAUAUAAGCAGAUCAGAUUCGAAAGGAAUGUCACAAAACUCUGUGUCUGAUGCUGCUGAGCUAAAAACACGCCAAGAACAGUCUCAUUAUUUAAGUCAAUUCGAAUCAUUUAGCGAUUUCAACCAAUUCAACUGGUUUAAAUUGGGUGCACUCUAUUCACUACAGAGUAAAGUUCCAUUCACUUCAGAUCACAUGUUGGGUCCAUUGUAUGUUGAACAAAAGGUACGAAGACCGAGAGAACUGCGAAACAAAGAUCCUAUUGAAGCAGCAUCCACGGCUGAGAGAGUAACGAAGGAAAGGCUAAAUGAAAGUCAAGAAGAAAGUACACCCACCAAUGUUAAAAAGUGUUACAAAGUAUUACAAAAGAAAAACGGUGAAAGGCAAAUUAACCUGUUUCGGUUCAUCAUUGAUCCUACCUCGUUUGCAAAAUCGGUGGAAAAUCUUUUUUACACAAGCUUUCUAAUCAAAGAGGGCAGAUUAGUACUUGAAGAUGAUUCAGAAGGAUUCCCAGCUGUGCGUAUAAAGGAAAGCUUACCUGAUGACCAGAAACAAAGGGAAUUGGAGAAACAACGGAGAAAAGAGUCAAUUCAAAAUCACAUCAUAUUCCAGAUGGAUGUUCCUACAUGGCGAAAGCUCAUAGAGAAAUUUGAUAUAAAGGAAGCCUUCUUGAAUACUGAUGGCUCUUUCAGAAACUAG